AUUCAACCCUAGCUCUAGUAUUCAACGAGGCGGCGUCGCAGCCAGUGGAGCGGCGGCGCGAGCUCUGUUUCCGGGGAGGAGCGACGUCGGCGCCUCAGCGUGGAGCGGGGGCGACUCCGUGCGGCCGCCAGGGUAGGUCAGCCAGACUUUACCAGAUCUGCCCCUCAGCUCGUCGGCGCGGGCGGCGCAGGGAGUGGAACGGCGGAGACUUCCAACUCCGUGAGGUCGGCCGCCGGCGCAAGCCCAGGUUCCUCAUGUCGAUGUUCACUGGUGUAUCUGUCAUUGACGGCGAGAAUCAGAGCUCUUGCAACACGUCGGCCAUCUACACCGGCGUUGCGGACAGCGGGUACCACCUGCUCAUGGUCACGGGCUACUCGCACACCAAAGAGGAGCUACACACUGGCGAGUGUGCCAGCACUAGUCUUUUCACAGUGGGAGGCCAUGAUUGGUAUGUCGAGUACUACCCCAACGGCUUAAACAAGGACUGCGCCGACUUCAUUUCUCUCAACGUUAUCCUUCCCUUUGACAACGACCCUCUCGACAUGGUUGUGGAGGCCAAGCUAAGUUUUAGUCUCAUCGACCAGGUUGAGAAGCAGAAUCCAAUGUACAUUCGUGCAGCCAGUAAGACUUCCAGGUUCUCCAGUGCUGCUAUUAACUGGGGCAGCGACAAGUUUGUGAGAAGAGAUGCCCUCGAACGAUCAUCGGAUCUAAAGGGUGAUUGUUUCACCAUCCGGUGCGACAUCAUGGUUGUUUCCAAGGAUCCCAGAACCGAGGGCGCCAGUGGCACCCUUUCUGACAUACACCAGCAUUUGAGCAAUCUCCUUCAAACAAAAGUGGGUGCUGAUGUGACAUUUGAGGUCAGCGGCGAGAGGUUCGCCGCACACCGGUGUGUGCUUGCAGCCAGGUCUAAAGUCUUCAUGGCACAGCUCUUUGGCCCCAUGAAGGAGACAUCCACCGUCAUACACAUCAAAGACAUGGAAGCAAAAGUGUUCAGGGCUUUGCUUAGCUUCAUCUACACAGAUUUAUUACCCAUGAUCGAGGAUGAAAAGUCACAGGAUCUGGAAGAAGGACAAGUAGAGGAGGUAGUACAACAUGAAAUGAGGCUGCAAUGUCUGCAAGACUUGUUUGUGGCGGCAGACAGAUAUGAUCUCCAACAGCUCAAGUUUAUCUGUGAAAAGCAGUUGUCUGAGCAAUUAGGUGUGAGCUCGGUGAUGUCCACUCUUGUUCUAGCCGAGCAGCACCAGUGCCAGGGAUUGAAGGAGGCGUGCAUGAAGUUUGUCCAAGUCCAGUCUCCCUCGUGCUUGCAAACAGUAAUGGCAACUAAUGGCUGGGAUCAUGCAUAUACCACCUAUCCUUCGGUUUUGAAGGAGCUCUUUGUCAAGAUUGCUUCAAAUCGGCGGAAGUAAGACUAUACGGUAUGCAACUAUGCAUGUUCCUUGAUCCUGUAGUGGUGCUCUUAUGCAUUUAUGGGAUUCUCUAGAGAGACGCUAGUCCGUGCGUGUUGAUGUUGUCUCUUCAUGUAAUGUGCCUGUAUGCUGAACCAGAAAAAUCCAACUUAUGGCCAAAUUGUCUCUGUUGACAUGAUGGUUUGUACAUUCAGCAAUGAGCAUCAACACUGCAUCACUGCACAAGUUCCUUA